AUGAGUUAUACAAAUGCCGGGUUGCCAAAUAAAAACCCUUCACUUAGCUUCAGUGAAAGCCUAAGGAGACUGCUCUCAAGAGAAUGCAAAGACUUGACCGAUACGGUUGCAAUUGAAAGUGCUUUUAAAGAAACUACGAGAGAUGGUAAAGAUAUCUUACGUUUCGUGCGACUUGCGCUGACUUCCAAGGCAUUCGUGAUAGCCUGUGAAAAAGAACAAGUUGCACCGUCCCACGUUGGCAGUCACCAAAAUGUAGAAAAUUUACAAGAAUUAAUAAAACUAUAUCCGUGGAGAUCGGUCAAGUUAUCUGUGUUUAAAAAAAGUAAAAGAUACUGCGUUAAAGUUUUAUUUCUUGAUAAAUCUAUAAGAUAUUUUGAAUUGCGUGGAAUACCAAAAAUGAAGAUUUAUUGGCACCUAUGGCGACGUUACAUUAAAGAACUCAAUAACGCAAAGAAAAAAUGGCCAUUCACAGAUCAGUCCAUCGCCAGAAAGGGAAAUUAUAAUGAAAAAACCCAAUGUAUAGAACUAUGUGUUGCAAAACCCAAAAGAAAGAAAUAUCCACCUCCAAAAUGGACAAAUAAGUAUUUAUACUUAGGACCAACUAGAGAAAUUGAAGACAAAAAUCGCCCAUGCCCAGUUCCCGGACUAGGGAAUACAGAAGAAAUAAAACUGCUAUAUUUGAAGCCGGAAUAUUUCGGUUGUUGGGAACAAUCCGAACAUUGGGUACAGUGCCGAGAAAGUUCUUCAGAAUUCGCAAGUCAGAAUAAUGAAGAAACCGAAUGCCCCAGUGAAACAUGA